AUGUCUACCAUCACUGCAGGAAUCAACAGUCCAGAUCCUCAGGACCGCAUUGCAUCCAUGAUCUGGGACAUCAUCAUCGCCGGCGGCGGUAUAGCCGGUUCAGUCCUCGCGACGCGUCUCGGCCAACGCAACCCAGAGCUCCAAAUCCUCGUCGUCGAAGCCGGUGCAAAUGUUUCGCAUCAUCCACUCACGUCUGCACCACUCGAUGCCUUUGCGGAGCACUUUUCUGAGCUUGACUGGGCGUACUCGACUGUGCCACAAACACACCUAGGUGGCCGAACUGCGUACGCCGCAGCGGGCAAAGCGCUCUCAGGAGGCAGUGCGACGAACUAUGGGACGUGGACGAGAGGAAACUACGCGGACUUCGACAAGUGGGCUAGUCUUGUUGGGGACGAAUCUUGGGGGUAUGAUGGGUGGUUAAAGUACUUUAAGAAGACUGAGAACUAUUUUGAGGGCAACGGGAGUGACUGGGUCCAACAGCACGGGUUCGAUGGCCCCAUCACUGAAGAGUCGGUCACGUCGAGUAGUCCCAAGCGCAAAUAUCCGCUGCGCGAGCCGUUGGUAGCGGCAUGGAACCGGGUUGGCGUCAAAGGGAUUCCAGAUGGAAACAAUGGGCACCCAAUUGGGAGGGCAGAGUUGGUCGAGGAUUUCAAGGACGGGAAACGUCAACUCGCGAGUGAGGCGUAUGGUCUCGGUGCUCUGAAAAAUGUGAAAAUAUUGACCGAUACUCUGGUCAAGCGCGUCAUUGUCAAGGAUCAAAACGGGAAGAAGACCGCUGUCGGGAUCGAAACCGCAAACGGGACACUAUACCAGGCAGCCAAGGAAGUUGUCAUCUCGGCUGGAGCGUAUAGAACGCCUCAGGUCCUACAGCUCUCUGGUAUCGGACCAACGGCUGUAUUGCAAAAGCACAAUAUCCCUGUAGUGCUUGACGCCCCUGAAGUCGGACGCAACUUUCAUGAUCAUCUUGCUGUGUGUCAGUGGUGGAAGCUGCGCGAAUCAGGGCUUGCUCUCGGGUCUGCCGAGUUGACGGACCCAGCAUACUUCAAGGGACUGCCUGCAGACUGGGUAGUAACCCAGCAAUAUACAGCCGAACAGUUGAAGAUGCCUAUCCAAGCUGACGGGGAAGAAGUCGAAAGCCACCAUUUGCUUGGAUCUGACGUUGCACACACGGAAACCCUGGUUGUCUACGCCCCCGCUGGCGCCGCAAUAGCGAAUGUGGAUGUACCUAUGGAUGGUACACAUAUCGCAUCAGCGGUGCUAGUCAUGAGUCCAACUUCUCGGGGUAGUAUCACGAUCGCCGGCCCUGAUCCUGCAACGUCGCCCCUUAUCGACCCAAACUACAGUGCCACAAACGUGGAUCGGGCCGUUAUGCGUGAGGGUAUGAGAAGUGUUAUGGAGGUGCUACAGAACACGCCGGAAAUGCAGGAGUUUGUUGAGUCGGAGCGGGCACCUGACGGCUUCGUACCGCUCACAAAAGACUCCAGUGAUGCAGAAAUCGAUGAGCGGGUGACUCGGGUCGGUAAUACUUUCUUUCACGCAGCGGGCUCCGCAGCUAUGGGCAAGGUGGUCGACACUAAACUAAAGGUUCAUGGGGUUGACGGUCUUCGGGUUGUUGAUGCUAGCGUUUUCCCUCUGCCGAUCACGGCCCACUACCAGGCCAUUGUCUACGCUCUGGCCGAGAGAGCUGCAGACAUAAUCUCUGGGGAUAAUGUCAGGGCGUGUUAG